AUGGCCAAGGAACAAUUGCAGGUGCUGAACGCAUUGGAUGUUGCAAAGACACAAUGGUACCACUUCACGGCCAUUGUGAUUGCUGGGAUGGGUUUCUUUACCGAUGCCUAUGACCUCUUCUGCAUCUCUCUUGUUACCAAGCUCCUUGGCCGCUUGUACUACUACGAUGGCUCCGAUAACCCGGGUUCUCUUCCGUCCAACGUCUCCUCUGCCAUCAAUGGCGUUGCAUUCUGCGGCACCCUGGCCGGCCAACUAUUCUUCGGUUGGCUGGGCGACAAGAUGGGAAGGAAGCGUGUCUACGGAAUGACACUCAUGCUCAUGGUUAUUUGUUCCCUUGCCUCCGGACUCUCCUUUGGAAAAGACCCUAAAUCUGUUAUAGUCACUCUUUGCUUCUUUAGGUUCUGGCUUGGGUUUGGGAUCGGCGGCGACUAUCCUCUCUCUGCAACCAUUAUGUCUGAGUACGCCAACAAGAAGACACGUGGAGCAUUCAUCGCGGCGGUCUUUGCCAUGCAGGGAUUUGGAAUCCUUGCAGGUGGCAUGGUUGCGAUCAUAGUUUCGUCCAUUUUCAAGGGACUGUACCCUGCUCUGGCGUUUCAGUUCGACCACGUGGGGUCCACCGUGCCAGAAGCCGAUUACGUUUGGAGGAUAAUCUUGAUGUUUGGCGCGCUUCCCGCUCUUGCGACGUACUAUUGGAGGAUGAAGAUGCCGGAGACAGCAAGGUACACGGCCUUGGUGGCGAAGAACGCAAAGCAAGCAGCUUCGGACAUGUCCAAGGUUCUUGAGGUUGUGAUUGAAGCAGAGGAAGAGAAGAUUGAGCAGCAAGAAACAGGAGGAGGCAACGAUUUUGGAUUGUUCUCGAGAGAGUUUGUUAAGCGGCAUGGGCUUCACCUUGUUGGAACCGCCAUAACUUGGUUCCUUUUGGAUAUUGCUUACUACAGCCAGAAUCUGUUCCAGAAAGAUAUCUUCACUGCCAUCGGUUGGAUCCCACCCGCGAAGACAAUGAACGCAAUUGAAGAGGUUUACAAGAUUGCCAGAGCACAGACUUUGAUUGCAUUGUGCAGCACUGUUCCCGGUUACUGGUUCACGGUGGCACUCAUUGAUAGGGUGGGGAGGUUUUCCAUUCAGUUGAUGGGGUUCUUCUUCAUGACAGUUUUCAUGUUUGCAUUGGCAAUACCUUAUCAUCAUUGGACUUUGGAGGGAAACCAAAUUGGCUUUGUUGUCAUGUAUUCAUUGACGUUCUUCUUCGCCAACUUUGGACCCAAUGCCACCACUUUUGUGGUCCCUGCCGAGAUCUUCCCUGCUAGGCUCAGAUCAACAUGUCAUGGCAUCUCAGCAGCUGCAGGCAAAGCUGGAGCUAUGGUUGGUGCUUUUGGAUUUGUUUACGCUGAGAACGGAAUUGGCAUCAGGAACACCCUUAUCAUCAUGGCUGUCGUUAACGUCUGUGGCUUCUUCUUCACAUUCUUGGUUCCUGAAUCCAAAGGAAAAUCUCUAGAAGAAAUGUCUGGUGAGGCUGAGGGGGACCAACAAGCUGUGGAUAAUAAUGUUGUUUAA